AUGCGUUUCUUGAACGCCUCUGUACGCCGUGGAAGAUUGUUGCGUAUACACCACACCAUCCUACACGAGUUCGACAAUCGCGACUCGGUUCCUUCCGAGGUACCAAUAAAGAAGUUGUUUGCUUGUCACGUAGACUCGUUUAAUCACCUCACCAAUCUGGGAUUCGAUCAGAUAUUGCGAUGUGUGAAACCUGAAAAGUUCCAACAAUCGGCUGGCUGUCCAGAACUCAUGCUAUGGCUUGAGGACUUGAAAUUGGAGUCACUUAAAUUUCGCCAUCGCAUUUCGGGACGCACGGAGAGUCAAAAGACGCCCAGAGGUUGUCGUGAAGGAGGUGAAAGUUACAAGGCGCCACUCUCAGUUCAGUUUUGUUGGCAAAUAGAUGGAGAAAAUGUGCAGAGACGCGUUGUAAAUCUCGGAGAUUGUCCAGUGAUGGUCAAGUCUGAUGUUUGCUCGCUCGCACUACUUUCUCCAGCACAACUAGUGGCACGUGGUGAAGAAGCACACGAAGCAGGAGGAUAUUUCAUCAUCAAUGGUAUCGAACGAAUGAUUCGUAUGAUCAUACAACAACGGAGGCAUCAUAUUCUUGGACUCUGCCGACGAGCUUUUACGAAACGCUCACCUUUGUUUUCUGAGUUCGCUACUGUCAUUCGCUGUGUCACUGAGGAUGAGCACUCGUCUAUAGUUCGCUUGCACUAUAUGCGAACCGGUGCGCUACGUCUGGCUCUCCAGCAUCGACGACAAGAGUUUUUCAUACCAGCUGGCAUAGUAUUACGGGCACUUGCAGUAUGCUCUGACGCUGAGAUGUAUCGGCAAGUGUGCCUGCAUUUGCGAAGCGCUGGAACUGAUGAAACCUUCAUUGAGGACCGUUUGGCUCUACUUCAACGAGAAUGUCAUGAACUUCAAAUACGAACGCAAAUGUGUGCGUUAUCUUACUUAGGACAGCAUUUUCGUACACUUUUAGAUCUUUCUUCUGACGAAAGUGAUAUUUCUGUCGGUGAGCGCUUUCUCGAAGAUUUUAUUUAUGUUCAUCUUCAACAUAAUGGUGACAAAUUGUCGUUGCUGAUUCUCAUGUUGAGUAAGCUUCUGUCGAUCGUGACGGGUCGGUGUAGUCCCGACGACCCGGACUCGCUAGUCAAUCAAGAAGUCCUGGUGCCCGGCCUCCUCCUUCAAGCUAUGAUUCGUGAGAAGGUGCGGAUAGCUUUCCAGAAGGUAGUGACGCAUCUUCGACGCACACAGGGCAGCUGGAGUGAGGAGACUAUUUCGCAUCUCAUCAAUGAAUCUGGCUCUAGUGAUGUAGGGAAAGUAGUGGAAUAUUUCCUAGCCACCGGGAACUUAGUUAGUCCAACUGGGCUCGGUUUAAGCCAAACAAGUGGUUUUACUAUUGUUGCAGAGAAGCUAAAUUACUUCAGGUAUAUUUCACACUUUCGCUCCGUACAUAGAGGAGCGUAUUUUAUGGAACUACGCACGACAACUGUUCGUAAGCUCUUACCCGAAUCAUGGGGCUUCUUAUGCCCAGUACAUACCCCAGAUGGAUCACCUUGUGGUUUACUGAAUCAUUUGGCAGAGAUGUGUGAAAUUGUCAUGCCUGACACAGAUCAUGUGUUUCAACAAAAGCGUUUACUGCAGAUACACUCGGUACUGGAUAGGGCUCUUAUUAGUGUAGAACAAUAUGACUGUGGAUACGCGCAUGUUCCAGUCGUGCUGGAAGGUUCGUUUGUAGGCUAUAUCUCGGCAGAAAAUGCAUCCCAUGUGAUUUCUGCUCUGAGAGCGUUUAAGGUGACCUUGACAACGUCAGUUUUGCGCAUGAGUGAAAUCUCUUAUAUUCAUCCCGGUGGUGAACAUGGUUUGUUUCCAGGUUUGUAUAUUUUCUAUGGUCCUUCUAGGUUGAUGAGACCAGUGAAGCAAGUAGAGAGCAUGAAAGUUGAGUUCAUCGGUACACUUGAACAAGCCUUCCUUUCUAUUUCUGCACAUCAAGUAGAAAGUCACAAUGCAUCAUAUACGCACGCAGAGAUUAGAAACACUUCUGCGCUAAGCUGCGUCGCAAGCUUAACGCCUUGGUCCGACUUCAAUCAGAGUCCCCGUAAUAUGUAUCAGUGCCAGAUGGCCAAGCAGACGAUGGGAACACCAAUGCACACUAUUUGCUACCGGAGUGAUACCAAACUUUACCGUUUACAUACUCCGCAGCGACCCUUAGCACUAACAUGCACUUACGACAAAUAUUCGCUAGACGAUUAUGCGCUUGGCACAAAUGCAGUUGUAGCCGUCAUUGCAUACACUGGAUACGACAUGGAAGACGCAAUGAUUGUGAACAAGGGUUCGCUCCAUCGCGGUUUCGCACAUGCCACAUUAUACAAAACGCUUGUUGAGGGUAUAUCAGCAAAUGAGACAUUAAGUCGGAGGGAUAACACCUAUACCAGUGAAAAUAAGCAGCUCGACGGUACUGGCUCUGUGCAGCUGGGCUCUAUUGUUCGGCCAGGCGACACACUUCUAAAUUUACACAGCUCAGAUGGUGUAACCAAGGGUAGAUCGAUUCGUCUUCGAGGAACAGACGCAGCGGUAGUAGAUAAGGUUGUGCUAACUCAGUCUGUUAAGCAGGCUGCGACGAAGAAUGACAAACGUGCUGCUAUUACUCUUCGUUAUGAUAGAAAUCCAGUCAUAGGGGAUAAGUUCAGCAGUCGUCAUGGACAAAAGGGCGUUCUCAGCUUCCUGUGGCCAGAAGAAGAUAUGCCUUUUAGUGACCGCACAGGUCUUCGACCCGACGUUAUCAUCAAUCCGCAUGCCUUUCCGUCGCGAAUGACUAUUGGUAUGCUUGUUGAGAGUUUGGCUGCCAAAGCUGGUGCUAGCACAGGAAUUUUUGCGGAUGCAACUCCUUUCAAGCAUAGUGACAAGGAGAUUUCACCCACAGAAGAAUAUGGCAAGUUGCUUCGAGAAAGUGGCUACAAUUUCUGUGGUAGUGAACGUUUGGUCAAUGGUUGUACAGGUGAGAGCUUCAGUGUUGAUAUUUUUAUUGGUCUCGUGUACUACCAACGUCUGCGCCAUAUGGUGAGUCUUUUUCAUACUUUUCAUGUGCGGUCAACUGGCCCAAACAAUCCUCUCACGAUGCAGCCGAUCAAAGGAAGAAAGUCAGGUGGUGGUAUACGUUUCGGUGAAAUGGAACGCGAUUCACUCCUUGCCCAUGGUGUAGCAUACUUGGUGAGCUUGUUGCAUAUCUGCUCAGAUAAUCGAGAUGCUUGGGUUUGUAAUAUGUGUGGUAGCUUGAUAGCCCCUUUGACAUGCGUGGCGUCUAUCCGUACUGACGAAUACUCGUCUCGCAGAACGAGUUGUCGGGUCUGUGAUUCAGCACACAAACUUGAACGCAUUUCCAUUCCACAUGUUUUCAUUUAUCUUACGGCAGAGCUUGCGGCGAUGAACAUAUCAGUACAAGUCAAAGCGAAGUAA